ACACUAGCUGGAUUUAAACCACCCCAAUUCCCUUUUAUUUUUGUAAUUAGAGAGUUGCACGUUAUCAGUCAUUACGUGUCUUACCCACUCAUGAACGCUGUAUCCAGAGACUGGCUGCAAACUGCUGAAUGAUUUUUAGCUGCCAAACUAACACCUGUAUGAAAAGAGGAAUUCUGAGUGCGCCACGUUCACCGUAAAGCCGCUUGUUGAUCCCGCCCUCCCUCUGAUAGAAAACUCAGUGAUGUCGCUUCGUCUUUAACAAGCCAGAUCCCGAAGACAGGCAAGGAGGGGGAAAGAGAGCACAAAACACUAAAAACGGAGCCGUCUGAAGGGGUCGGGACAGGUUUUCCCUGAGCAGUCCAUCCCCCCUCCCCCCUGUUUCUCAUCUUGGUGGUUCAGUGGCCUUCUACACAUGAACAACUAGAGCACCAUCUCUGACCGUGGUGUGAUCUCUCACCUCUUCUGCCAAACCACGCCCACAGGUGAAGUGUGUAUGGAGCAGUGUGAGAGUGCAGCGGCUCUGCUGGAGUCAGUCAGGGAGCAGGAGGUGCAGUUUGAACAGCUGACCCGGGCGCUAGAGGAGGAGAGGAGGAGAGUGGGCCUCCCUGCCACCAGCCCCUCGGCCCUGGGUCACCCCUUCCCUCACAUGCAGAACGGGCGUUUAGGGGAUGCAGACAUAGAACGUCUGAAACUGACUGACUCGUUUAUAAACGGCACACACUACAGAAUGGUGGACCCUGCACACGGUGCUCUGGAUGAGAGCUAUACACCAGAGGACGACUCCCAUGAAGCCCACUCUGUCUUUUCUGAGGAGGGAACCACACGGCGGACAGAUAAUGGGAUGAAAAAACCAAUCUCACGCACAGUUUUGCCCACUGAAUCAUUAUCCAUUGAUGGGGUCUUGUCGAUGCCUGGUAUGGGGGUCUACAGCGCCACACUGGACCGUCCUUACAGGCAGCCUGGAGUAGGAGACUACCCCACAGCCACAGUACCCAGAAAUUACCACUAUGGACCAGUAGGAGGGUAUGACGAUUACAGAGGAGGUCCACCAUCGGACGCAUACGCUAGUCUGAGUAGAAUGUCACACAUGGAUGAACGCUACAGGCCAAUGGAUGGUUACAGAACUCUGGAUUCUGGCUACAGGGCACCGAGCCGUCAGCAGCAUGACCCAUAUGCUGCGCAGCCCCAAGUGGGUCGGGGAAUGAGGAACAUGGGCUCAGCAAUGGAAAUGAGGUAUGGCCAUGGCCACUACGGUUUGGAGGAUGAUCAGCGUAGUGUCGGAUAUGAUGACUAUGGCAUGGGACCCCCACCUAUUCAUCCUGGAGGCUAUGGUACCAUGCCACGCCUGGGGCCAGGGCCUGGGGGCAUGGACAGACGCAGACUCCGGAGCUGUGAGGACACUUUAGACAGUGACAUGGGAGGAGUUGACCCUUAUGCAUGGGGUGUUCCAAUGACACUGGAAAGGGGUAGCAUGGCUUCUUUGGACAGCACAUUGAGAAAGGCCCCUCCCACUUCAUGGAGACAGCCAGAGCUACCAGAGGUGAUUGCUAUGUUGAACUACCGUCUGGACCCUGUCAAGACCAACGCUGCUGCCUUCCUUCAGCAUCUCACAUUCAAAAAUGACAAAGUAAAGUCAGAAGUGCGUCGCUUGAAGGGUAUCCCAGCCUUGGUGUCUCUGCUGGACCACCCCAGCAAGGAGGUUCAUCACUCAGCAUGUGGAGCACUGAAGAACAUUUCAUAUGGAAAAGAUGCAGACAACAAGAUUGCCAUCAAAAACUGCGAUGGAAUACCUGCCCUGGUCAGGUUACUGAGGAAAACUCAUGACCAGGACCUUACUGACACCAUCACAGGCACCUUGUGGAACCUCUCUUCCCAUGAUUCAGUAAAGAUGGAGAUUGUGGACCACGCGCUGCAUGCCCUAGCCGAUGAAGUAGUCGUUCCACACUCUGGUUGGGAGAGAGGGAGCAGUGGAGGCGAAGAGAGCUGCAAACCACGACAUCUGGAGUGGGAGACCGCCUUGACCAACACUGCUGGCUGCCUUAGGAAUGUGAGUUCGGAACGCAGCGAGGCCAGGCGUAAGCUGAGAGAAUGCACGGGACUAGUGGAUUCACUCAUGUACAUUGUCCAGUCGCAGAUCAACCGCAAAGAUGUUGAUAAUAAGUUGGUGGAAAAUUGUGUCUGCCUCCUGAGGAACCUGUCCUAUCAGGUUCACAGAGAAGUCCCUGGUUGUGAACGCUACACAGAGACCGCUCCGCUCAACCAGGGCCCACCACCAGCUAACAAAGGAGGUUGCUUUGGCUCUCGAAAGGGCAAAGAUGAGUGGUUUUCCAAAGGAAAGAAAGAUGGGGAUGAUGGAAGUCGAGAUCAAGUUAAUAUUCCAAAGAGGACAACUCCUGCCCAAGGUUAUGAGCUGUUGUUUCAGCCAGAGGUGGUUCGUGUUUACACAUCACUGUUUAAAGAGAGCAGGAACCCAUCUGUGCUGGAGGCUGCAGCUGGCGCCAUCCAGAACUUGUGUGCUGGCCGCUGGACUUACGGUCAGUAUAUCAGGGCCACCGUGCGUCUGGAAAAGGGUCUCCCAAUGAUGGCAGAACUACUGGCUCAUGGUAAUGACCGUGUGGUUCGAGCAAUGUCUGGAGCCUUGAGGAACCUCGCUACUGACAACCGUAACUGUGAGCUGCUAGGUUUGCAUGCUGUGCCUAACCUUGUGGCCAACCUGCCUGGAGGCCAGAACCAGUCUGGUCGCACUCUGACAGAAGAAACGGUGGUGUCAGUACUGAGCACACUUGCCGAGGUCCUAGGCAAUAAUCUGGAGGCAGCAAAGACACUCCGAGCAUCACAAGGCAUUGAAAGGCUGGUGCUUAUCAACAAAGAUGGCAAGCGCUCUGAACGUGAAGUACGAGCAGCAGGACAGGUGCUGCAGCUCAUCUGGGCUCACAAAGAGCUACGCCGGCCUCUUGAGAAAGAUGGCUGGAAGAAGACAGACUUCAUGGUCAGCCUUAAUCCUGGCAGCAUCGCCACCAAUGGCCCGAGCACCCGAGCUAAUGGCACCUACGAGGAAAGCACCACACCACUACUAGACAGAGGGGAGAAGAGGGCCAUGAUUCCUAUGAAUGACCUUGGCCCUGAGGGCUACUCUACACUGGACCAGAGGGAGAGGAGACACACUCUGGAUGAGACCACAGACACUUUACCGCGAGGGGUGUAUGGGGGCAGAAAGGGCUCCCUGCCCCUGUUGGACUCCUACGAUGGUUAGCCCUAACCCCUCUCCUCUACCCCUUCUCUGCAUGUAACAGCAUGAAAAACUGAUAGUGUGCAUCACCCAGACUGGGCCGUCCCUUCCGUACCACUGCUACUGAGGAGAAAAGUUCCACACAUGGAAAGUCUCCUCUCACCUCUGUAACUUCCUCUCCUCCUCUCCAUCUCCACACAGAUGGGCUCAAAAGACGAGGGUUGGCAUCCAAAGAAAGCGGUUAUGUUGCAGAUAAAAAGCUUCAUGCAGCGCACGCACACACACAAACACUAGUACCCCUACUUAUUUCUUCAACUGUAGCAGCAGAAAUAUAUUCAGUUAAUAAAUUAUAAUUCUCUUCUGUAAAGGCAAUCACCUUUGUUGACAAUCAUUUAAUUCUGAUGUUUUCAUCCUGCUCGUAUUUUUUUUUUUUUUUUUUUUUUUUUUAACCAUUUAAAGUAAAUUGUUCUCAUGGUCAACAUGUUGCUGCCAACACCCACAUCCUAACAAGUUUGUAUUUAGACUUCUAUGUAGGGUUUAUACUGUAUAUAAAAAGAAAACGAAGUGACUGCAUUAGUUUUGGCUCAUUUUAUUUAAAUUGUCCCUUCACCCGGAAACGUUGGGAGUUUGGAUGCACCGACAGGCCGCCUUGUAGAUGGAGAAUGUUUGUUUAUAUAGGAGUUAUUUUUCUGUCUAGAGUUAUUUUCUCUGUUGGGAUGAGCAAAGACCUGAAAGGGCAGGUGUGUGUGUGUGUGUGUGUGUGUGUGUAUGUUUGGUGGAUGUUGAACCUGUGGCUGUGUGUGUUUAAAAAAAAAAAAAAAAAUGAAUAUGGACCUUUUUUCUUUAUUUUUGAGCGUGUCUUUGUGCACAGACCAGACACAGAAAAUGCCACAUUUUAUUUUAUUUCUCAUAAUGCAUGUUUGUUGUUCCCCUCUUCAUGUGACACAUUUUUUCCUGCUGCCUGUUAUAGUUUAACUUUGUUUUCUUUUACUACUCAAAUGAGGAAAAAAAAAACAAAAUUCAGCUGUUUCAGUUUUGACUUUGAGGAUUUUAGCUGACCUGCUUAGUACACCGUGUUAAACCUGGUACUGAGAUGUGAAGCCGUCAGCAAACACUACUACAUGUUCAGCCACUAUCAUCUAACCAUUCCUUACUCUACUGUAAAAUCUCUCCUAUCUGUUCAUUUUCAAAGAUGGAGAAGAAUAAGUGGUAAUAACUACCUGAGUCUGAAUUACUUACAGAGGGGAAAAAUGCUUUGUACACAUUCAUUCCAGUUCAUCUGCAUCCGUUUUGCAACAUUUGCAAAUAAAAAUACAAAUUUGGGAGAAUAAUCUCCUCAAAGGAGACUCGAGAUUUAACAAAUGUGGGAGCGAAGUAGCCAAAAAGACAUUUUAUGAUGUAUGACCGAAUGCUUCAUUAUUAUUUUUUUUUUUAUUUUGUACCUUCUUCCUUUGUGUCUGGUUUGUUCUUUAUUUGGGUUUGUAUGUGGGUGAGAGCAUUAUGCAAUCUGUUCUACUUUUUAAUCCAACUUUUACAGCUAAGUUUUUAAAUGCAAAAGAGACCAAUCAUUUUUGUUUUCUAAACUCUUCACACGUAGUAUAUUUGUACUGUUGCCUAACCAUGUAAAAUGUUGUUCCAUUCAUACCUGCCUUUGCUCUGAGAACUUGCUUUUUCAGUGAAGUAUGUAACUGGUUAUACUGUUGGUUUUUUGUUUUUUUUUAUAUAAAUAAAGAUGUUUUCUUAGACAAGA